CACUCAAUGCACGCCACGGAAGGACGAAGUGGAAAAGGCACAGACGACGCGGCCGGCCCGGCGUGGUGGAAUCCAAACGGGGCCGCCGCUCGGCAGGCGGCAGACGGCAGACGCGGUGGGUGGGGAAAAGGGACAAGGGAGGGAAGGCAACGCCGCAACCAAGCUAGGAAACCCUCCUGGCCUGGCCUGUGCACCCCUGCGUCCCCGCGAGUCGCCGCGCACGGGAGCGCUGGCGUGCGAGGCUAGAUCGUGACGGCGGCUCCCAGGAUGGCGAACGGGAGCCUCUGCGCUUGGUGCUCUGCCGUCGUCUUCGCGCUGGCGCUUCUCAGAGUGGACGGCUAUCUUGUGGACAUCACCUAUGUGGAAAGCGCCGCGGCGAAAGGAGCAGUUUGUCUGGAUGGAAGUGCGCCGGCGUAUCAUCUGGCGCGCGGUUUCGGCUCCGGGGUGAACAGCUGGCUGGUUCAUUUCGAGGGAGGAGGAUGGUGCAGAAAUGUCACCACCUGCCUGGAACGGAAGCGCACUAGGUUGGGAUCGUCCAAGGAGAUGGCGAAGCAGAUUGCCUUCUCUGGGAUCCUGAGCGACACCCCAGAUUACAACCCAGACUUUUACAAUUGGAACAAGGUCAAGGUUAGGUACUGUGAUGGUUCAUCUUUCACCGGCGAUGUUGAAGAAGUGGAUCCUUCUUUCUAUUGCUUUUGUUUAGACAACAAAGCUACACUACAGAGGUGCAAGAGUAUGGCAAGCUGUUAUGGAGGACCUGCUUGCCAAAGGAAUGAAAAAAGCCGAAAAUGCUGUUCGGCUGGUGGGUUAACAUCCAUACUACAUUGCGACAAAUUUCAUGAUCUUCUGCCAACGGGUGCCAAAGUUAAAUGCCUUUCUGAUGCUGGUUUCUUCAUAAAUGAGAAGGAUGUGGCCGGAGUGGGGUACAUUGCUGCCUUUUUCAACGAUGUAGUUACAACACAUGGGUCAGCAAAGAAUUUACCAUCUUCAUGCACUUCGAUGUUACCUCCAGGCAUGUGCUUUUUCCCCCAGAAUGAGGUGAAACAGAUACAGACACCUCUGUUCAUCCUCAAUGCAGCGUAUGAUUCAUGGCAGGUAAGGAACAUUUUGGUGCCUGGAGUAGCUGACCAUCACGGUACAUGGUCUACUUGUAAGCAUGAUAUAGAGCUGUGUUCUGUGACGCAACUUCAGAUCCUGCAGGGAUUCAGGGACGAUUUUCUGAAGGCGGUUGCAGAACAAGGGAACUCCGGCUCCAGAGGAUUGUUCAUAAACUCAUGCUUCGUGCAUUGCCAGUCGGAGACGCAGGAGUUGUGGUUCUCAUCUGACUCCCCCAUGCUUGGAAACACGACGAUAGCAAACGCAGUCGGGGACUGGUUCUUCGACCGCAGCCAGAUUCAGAAGAUCGACUGCCCUUACCCUUGUGACUCCACCUGUCACAACCGGAUGUACGACUCAUCGGAAGCAUAGCAAUUACAGCGGCCUCACUUCGUCCUGCCAUUCGUCACGUUACUAUAUUUGACGCUUCCUUGCUGCUCACAGUAGAGCGAUGCGUCGACAUCCAUUGAUUUUUUUUACACGAAUAAGACCAGUGCCAGCUUUUAACGGGGCUAGCGCCGGAGGCUUGAUGCAAUGUUAGGUACAGUACAAGGGAUAGUAGUAGCUGUUUCCGGUGUUCCACUGCCAUGUUAUGAUCAUUCCCCUGUAUUUUCGUCUGAUACCCACAGAACAGCAUCCACAUUGAUUUCACCGAAGUGAGGUGGCAUAGAUUAUUUCA